CACCUCCAUACUCCUCCCUCGACCCCCUCCUCCGUAUCCCUCAAUUAUAAGAUAAAGAUGGACCGCCCAUCACGAAGAAUAAACACAAAGAAGAAUCCUCGCGACAAGUUCGCCGAACUCCGCGCCCUCAAAGCGGCGGGAAAGACGCGUGCUGCAACCUACGAGGAUGAAGCCGAGGAGGAUAUCUACGAUGAACUCGAUGAGGAAGAGUACACUAAGCGUCAACGCGAGAUACUAGAUGAGGAUGACUUCAUUGUUGAUGAUAAUGGAGAGGGAUACGUCGAUUAUGGACAGGAUGAGUUUGAAAGGGAGAGGUACAGCGAUGAGGAGGACGAUCAGAGACCAAAGAAGACUGCGAAACAGAAGAAGGAGGAGGCGGCACAGAAGGAGAAGAAGAACGAGUCGAUUAACAAAUACCUUGCGAAAGUGACUGUACCAACGACAACCAACCAAACCGCAGUAGCGCCUACAGUCGAAGACGCAGAAUUCAUGGCAGGCAUCCUAGGUGACUUCGACGUGGAGGACGAUUCAACCGCAUACGCCUCCGCAUCUCGUCGAGCAAACAAGCGAGCAGCCGAAUCCUCCCCACUUGGCGCAGCCCGCAAGAAGCGUGCACCAUCCCCACCCCCACGCGCAGCCUCUCGCAAAAUGGACCCACCCAUGCCCUCCUCCCCACCCAGCAUCCAACUCAACGACGCCGACCACCCCAUGACCGACGACAACGACUACGACAUGGGCGAACCAAUUAUCCCGCCUUCGUCACCCACGCCUGCAGCGAAGAAGUUGGUCGUCGCGGAGGAUGAGGAGGAGGAUGAGGAUGAUUUCGUGGUCAAGCCGUUGACUGCGCAUCGUGGGCUACGGACGACAGGGGUUAAUGUUUCAGCUACGAGGUCUGUGCCAAGGAUGGCUGAGCAGCCGAAUAGGUUGAAGCCGAUUCAGACGCAUCCGAACGGAGCUAUUCCCACGUCGCCGGUUACUGCGGCUGUUGACGCAAGUGCGUGGAUGGAUGUCGAUGCGUCGCUGAACAUCACCUCGUCUCCGCAAUUCCCGUCAUCAGGCUCGAAAAUUAGUCCCGAGGAUGCGUGUGAGGAGAACGGUACCUUACGAUUCUUCUGGAUUGACUACAUCGAACUCGGUGGAUCGCUCUACCUUUUUGGAAAGGUUUUCAACAAGAAAACGCAGACGCACGUCUCGGCUUUCGUCCGUGUCGACGGGAUCCUUCGGAACCUGUACUUCCUUCCCCGUGAUACGAACCACAGAUCAGGAGAAGAGGUCGGGAUGGGACAAGUCUGGGAGGAGGUAUCUGGACUACUUUCCAAGGCUGGUAUUGUGGGUUUUAAGUCGAAGGUUUCGAAGCGGAAGUAUGCGUUCGAGGAGGGCGGUGUGCCCGCCGAGGGCGAUUACCUCAAGGUGUUGUACGAGUACUCGAAGGCGCAGCUUCCGCAGGAGUUGAAUGGUGACACGUUCUCCCGCGUCUUCGGUACCAAUACGCCCUUGUUUGAGCAAUUCGUGCUCUAUAGGCGUGUCAUGGGUCCCUGCUGGUUGGAAAUCAAGGAAGCGGAUUUCAAUGCGGUUACGAAUGCUUCGUGGUGUAAACUCGAACUCGCGGUUUCUGAUCCUGAGCUGAUCACGACUUUGCCUGAUGGUACGCUGGAGACUCCGCCUUUGACGGUCAUGUCUCUCGCGUUCAGGACCAUGAUGAACCACGCGGAGAACAAGCAGGAGAUCGUGGUUGCGAGUGCGAGGAUUUACGAGAAUGUCAAUAUGGAUGAUCCUACCCCUGCGGAGAAGUUGCCUUGUUCGACGUUCACGGUUGUCAGGCCUUUGAAGGGUGUCUUCCCCGCUGGAUUUGAGACCGAAGUUAGGAAGCAUCGUGGGCAGAUUAGGUGUGAGAAGACGGAGAGUGCGCUCCUGAAUUGCUUCGUUACUAAAAUCCAGGGCGUUGAUCCGGACGUGUAUAUUGGACACGGACUCGAGGGAGUUGAUUAUGGUGUGCUGUUGCACAGGAUGAGGGAGAAAAAGACGAUGAACUGGCAUAGGCUGGGAAGGAUGAGGAGGAGGGAAUGGCCCAAAAUCUUCAUGAACAGGGCUGCUGGAAACUCGUUUGAGGAGAAGAAGAUCGUUGCGGGGCGUUUGAUGUGCGAUUUGGCCAACGAUCUCGGCAAGUCGACAAUCAAGGGUACUUCGUGGUCGUUGACUGAAAUGGUCCAGACUCAGCUCGGGAAGAAGAGGGAGGAGAUGGAUAUUGAGAAGGCGCUUCAGCAGUGGACUGAUACCGCUCGUGGGUUGACGGAGUUUGUGAUGCAUUGCGAGGUUGACACGUAUUUCAUUGCGGCGAUUGCGCUGAAGACGCAGUUGUUGCCGUUGACGAAACAAUUGACGAAUCUUGCUGGUAAUUCGUGGGCGAGGACGUUGACGGGUACGCGUGCCGAGCGGAACGAGUACAUUCUUUUGCAUGAGUUCAAUAAGGCGAAGUACAUUUGCCCUGAUAAGCCGAUCUCGAAGAAGCCUAUUGCGGAACCGAAUCCGGAAGAUGAUGACGAUGAUGCGACGGCUGGUACGUCCAAGAAGAAGAACAAGUUUGCUGGUGGACGUGUCCUUGAUCCUAUCAAGGGUUUGUACGACAAAUUCGUCUUGGUCAUGGAUUUCAACUCGCUAUAUCCGUCUAUUAUCCAGGAGUACAAUAUCUGUUUCACGACGGUCGAUCGCUCAGAGAUCGAUGAGACCAACGAGGACGAGAAGAUGCCUGACUUGCCGGACGCCGAGACGCCGCAGGGUAUCCUGCCAAAGCUUCUUGCUAACCUCGUUGCGAGACGUAGGCAGGUGAAGAAUCUUAUGAAGGACAAGAAGGCCACGCCUGUGCAGCUCGCGCAGUGGGAUACCAAGCAGACUGCGUUGAAGUUGACGGCUAACUCUAUGUACGGUUGUCUUGGUUUCACCAAGUCUCGUUUCUACGCUCGUCCAUUGGCAGCUCUGGUUACCUAUAAGGGUCGUGAAGCUCUCACCAGUACGAAGGAGUUGGCCGAGAGCAUGGCGCUUCAGGUCAUCUAUGGUGAUACUGACUCCGUCAUGAUCAACACCAACAUUGACAACUACCAGGAGGCUCUCCGUAUCGGUAAUGAGUUCAAAGCUGCUGUCAACGGACGUUAUCGCUUGCUUGAGAUUGACAUCGACAAUGUCUUCCAAAGGUUGUUGUUGCACAUGAAGAAGAAGUAUGCUGCGUUGAACCUGAUCGAGGUUAAUGGCAAGCUCGAGUCCAAGAUGGAGGUUAAGGGUCUCGACAUGAAGCGUCGUGAGUUCUGUCAGCUGUCGAAGGAUGCGUCUCAGUACGUUCUCAACCAGAUCUUGUCGGGUGAGCAAACCGAGACCGUCAUCGAGAAGAUCCACGAGUACCUUCGCGAGCUCUCUGCCAAGAUGCGAAAUGGCGACUUCCCUGUCAACAAGUAUAUCAUCUACAACAAGCUCGGUAAGAACCCAGAGGAGUACCCGAACGCGAAGCACAUGGCCCAAGUUCAGGUUGCUCUCAAGAAGAAGGCAAAGGGUGAGGCUGUUCGUGUUGGAGACGUCAUUGCGUAUGUCAUCACCGGAGAAGAAGGUGCUACUCAGAACCCGGAGGAUGUCGCUGCUCGUGCAUACCCUCCGCAGGAUAUGAAGACAGGCUCGGAUCUGAAGAUCGACUUUGAGCAUUACCUUGUCAAGCAAAUAUUCCCCCCGUUGGAUCGUCUCUGUCAGCCUAUCGAGGGAACGGACUCUUCUCGUCUUGCAGAGUGUCUUGGUCUUGAUACCCGCAAGUACAACAUCGGUCAGAAAGCUAUGAUGGGAUCGGCGGAUAAGGACAUCCAGCCCCUUGAGACUCAGAUUGCUGAUGAAGAGCGUUUCAAAGAUGCGGCUAAGCUACUGAUCAAGUGUCAUGCUUGCAAGGAGUCCUUUGACUUCGAAGGUCUUGUCCAGUCCCAGGAGCGUGUGACCGCCAACGGCAUCCAAUGCCAGUGUGGUGUUCUUGUGUUGCCGCUUUCCCUCUCUGCCCAGCUCGACUGCCAGAUUCGUCAGCAGACUUCUAUGUACUACGAAGGCUGGCUCGUCUGUGAAGACACUGCCUGCGGUAACCGUACUCGUCAAAUGAGCGUGUAUGGAAAGCGAUGCCUGGCCUGCUUGUCCCGUGGAGCACGAGGUCAGAUGAGGUAUGAGUACUCUGAUAAGAUGAUGUACAACCAAAUGUUGUACUUCGACAGCUUGUUCGAUGUGGAUAAGGCGAGGGCAAAGGCGAAGGGUGAUGAUGCUGCAAUCGUCUUCGCUUUGGCUGAGCAGAACCGUGAGAGGUUUGACAAGCAGAGAGCCGUCAUUGCGAAAUACUUGGAGAGGUGUGGUAGGCGAUACGUGGAUCUAAACAGCAUCUUUAGCUUCAUGGGAUGAGCUGGUGCUGAGUAGUGGUCGGAGGAUCUUUUCACAGAAGCAGGGAUUUUGAAUACAACUUUGGCGUUAGGGAGUACAUUUUGGCAUU